GGCUUGAUCAUUUGCUCCCCGCGGCACCCGCUGCUGGCUCGGGUGCUGGGAGAGGCCAUGAUGACUCCGCAAUCCGAGCUUGCAAGCAAGGUGAAAGGCAAGGGGUACCUUACUUUCUGCAGGCAGUUUUACCAGACGCUGCAGAAGGGUGCCCAGCUGAAGAAGUUAGAGCCUGGCUGGGUCGACGCCGGCCCGUAUGGCUGGGUGUGCCUUCUGAAGGAGGACAAGCUGGUCACCGACAAAGCCCUCCAAGUGAUGCAGUUGACCAAGCCAUUUUUAGACACGGACGACCAAUUCGUUUCGCUGCCAUUUGACGGCCACAUAAUCCACAGCGGGAACAAGCAUCCCGCGCAGACGGAGCAUUGGCUGCUGGCUACGCGAUGUUGGGGCUGGAACCAAGGUUGGAAGGAGGAUCGCACGCGGGCCGACACGGCUUUUCAUCAGGCAGCCAAAGGUCACCGCGCGCAGGCGAGCGCCGCGCAGGAGCGCCUGGCUCGCGUGGACACAGUGGCGCGCAAGGUGAUGGAGCUCUACACGAAUCAGAAGGACAAGACGGAGUACAACGAUCUGCAGGUGCAGUGCCUGGUGGGCCAGGGGCUGGUGUUUCCGCAGGCCUACGAUGCCCUGACAUGCGUAUGGUGCCGCAAGCAAGAGAAGCUCUUCAGGCUUCAGUCGCUGGCGGCAGUGUUUCAGCACUUCGAGAGCCAGAGUCACGUCAGGUCACAGGACGACGGCGGAGUCACUCACACGCAUCCCGCCCCGCAAGAGCAGCAGCCGCAGGUGGAGCAGGAGCAGGAGCCGACAGACGAGGAGCCAGUCAACGACCCGGCGAGCUCCGGUCUGGAGUGGUCGAGCGACAAGCGUCUCCCCACCAGUGAUGAGCUCCUAGAACUCUCCAAGGAGCAACAGGAAGCAAUUUUGGGUGGAUCGGGCGAUUUGUCCUUCAAUAUGUUUUCGUGGAUUCGAGCUCUCGUCAGCAUUGUGUACGACUUCAACGAGGGGCUGCCGCAGUACUGUGCAGAGCAAGUCCUCGUUCUUUCGAACUGCGUGCCUGCAGAGUUUCAGCAGACCCUUCAGCACCAAACCACCAAGCAAGGCACGUCAUGGCGUGAGUUUAUUUGCAGCCUCCAGAAAACCACUCCCGUCACCAAGAAUCCGGUCCUCUUGAAGUUUCGUGGAAAGCGUGUGGAGGAGGAGGUGCUGUCAAGCCAGUCCAAGCUGUUGGGGAUUGGCUACUCGUUGCUCCAAGCGGCGCUGGACGCAUGGGCUGUUGCGGCGGGCCACGACAGCAAGUUCUGGGAAGCGUCGGACGUUUUCCUCAUGAUCGCCAAUUGCCAGGCUAUCAAGCGAGAGCAAUCUCUACGCAAGGAUGCGCGGUUUCCGGACAGCAAGUUUCGGAUCUUGCGCAAGUUGGCUGACGGCAAAGAGGUGUUGGCCUUCCGCGUGGUUCCCACUGCUGCCCGGCAGUUCGACAACCCAACCAUUAACCAGUACUAUAACGGCAAUAGUGUGAAGUUGCAUCGAGCGGUGGUGCAGUCGCAGAGCAGUCACAACCCGCAGCAGCAGCCAGCCAAGAGACAAAGACACGGUUUUCCCGAGGAGCCAUGGUCUUGUCUGCCUGCUUGGCGCUCCGGCUGGCAUUAUGGCUGGCACAGCGAGUGGGAAACCGGGUGGCAAGACGGACAGCACUCCGGGUGGGAGAGCGGGUGGCAAAAUCGCUGA